AUGCAAAGUUACAAGGAAAUCAGAUCCAUAGACAUUCAUUACUCUCGUAAAUUCGCCCUAAGUUUCAUUGAGUUGCACGGCCGUCUUGAUCGACUUCUCCGUCGUUUCCCUCAUACUCACAUUUAUCGAUAUACUCCGGAUCCCGAGAUACGAACAACAAGACAAAGUGUCGCAUUUGCAGAAAUUGCUUUAAAUAAUAACUCUACGCACAUGGGUGUCGAAGGACCAUGCGCUUUAUCGAAAUUAAUGCCUGAUUUUAUUACUGGUACUGCUAUUGAUCAAAUGCAUUGUGUUUCUGGUGGUGUAGUGAAAAAACUAUUGUCAUUAUGGUUUGAUUCUAGUAAUCGGGGUAAACCAUACUCAUUGGUUGAUGCGUCAGACAUUAUUAAUAAUCGAUUGAUUUCUAUCAAACCACCAAGUUUCGUGCACCGCAUGCCUCGUUCAACCGAAGAUCUUCUUCAUUGGAAAGCAUCUGAACUUAAAAAUUGGUUCUUUUACUAUGUUUUACCAGUUAUGAAUGGAGUGAUGCAACUAGUGUAUUAUGAGCAUUUUUCAUUAUUUGUUGCCGGAAUUUCGCUUUUAAAUUCAGAUUCGAUACCAAAUAUUGAUGUAAAUGUAGCAUCUAACAUUUUACACAAAUUUGUAAGUGAAUUUGAGGCGAAUGACUGUUUUCGAUAUGAAGAUUUAAACGGACAAUAUUUGAAUGUAAUUAACGGAACUAGACUCAUCGAUUCGCAAAUAGUAAGAUCACAUAAUCAACAGUUAAAACUUCAAAAAUUUGUUGAUGAGCUACCGGAAGGAAAAAUCAAAGAUUUUUGUUCAUAUAAAACUUACAAUGAUGAUUAUAUGAUCCCUAAUAAUGUUCAGUUAGCUCUAGAAAAUUUUUUACCUGUUCUAAAAAUUCAAGAGUACCUACGAUUUUUAAAAGAUGGCAAAUUGUAUGUCUCUGAACGAUAUACUGGAGCAUUACAGACUUCUUCAUCGUAUGCUUUAUAUAGAGAUCACACUGGAUAUCAUCUUGGUUCAAUCAUUUGCUUUGUUAAAUUGAGUUAUUGUCAAUGUAUAAAUGAAAAUAAUUGUCUAAAUCAUCGUCCACCUGUUCACCAAGUUAUAAUCCAAACACUUUUGAGUGAAAGAGCAUUUAAUGUGACAUAUAAUCAAAAUGUUCAGUACAAUAUUCCAUAUUUAUACAAAAGUUUAAAGAUGGACAAUUAUAUAUCUAUUGAUGUCAAUCGAUUGAUUUCUGUUUGUUUUGGAGUUAAAGUUGGAGAUGAUUUGUACGUUGCCAUACCUAUUAAUUCAAACAAUAAUGAAUAG